AUGAUUAAGGGAAGAACAUCAUCAUUAGCAAAAAGACUAAAGAAAAUUGCCGAAUUUGUUUUCGUGGAUGCACCUCAUGAGUUGUCAUUCAUUUAUCAAACAACUUUGGCCAAAGGUGCGAUUUGUGAAUCAUCUCCAAUGCUGUCUAGUCCACCUCCACCUUUGGAGAAUUGCAAGAAUAAAUUUGCAUGGUUAGUAGCUCCCAAUUCUGAUGGAAGUACUGAUGUCAAUUGGAAGGUAGCAGAAGGCCCAUUCGAUCCACUUCAAUACCAGCAACAAACUGAAGGAUAUGAUACUUCCCUGUCACACUUGAAGAACGUUUUUUCCCAACAAGGGUCAUUUGACGGUAUCUUGGGAUUUUCACAGGGAGCGGCGAUGGCGGCUUUAAUCUCUGCGCAACAAGAACAACUAAAAGGUGAAAUGGACUUCAAAUUUGUAAUAAUAUGCUCAGGCUUUUCUCUCAAUGUAAAGGAGAUGGAACGCGGCAUCAUCAAGUGCCCUUCUCUUCAUAUUUUCGGCAAUGAACAUGGUAAGGACAGGCAGAUAGCCAACCAAGCAAGCAAGGAACUUACUUCAUUGUAUGACGAUGGUUGUUCUGUGAUAAUUGAACAUGAUUGUGGUCACAUAAUUCCUACUCGAUCGCCAUAUAUUGAUGAGAUAAAGGGUUUCCUUGGACGUUUUCUGUAAGAGGUUAUCGAGUAAAAUCUCUAGUUUUUGAUACAAGUGAAACCUUGCAACUUUGCUUUAUUGUAUUAUCUGUGUUCUGUAUACCAUUUUUGCUCCAUGAUGAUGCAAUUGGCUU